UGGUGGUAUCAUUAUGACCACACGCCUAUUGCAAUGAUAAUGGCUGUGCUUUCAAAAUGGAAUAUGCACGAUUGAAUUCAUGAAGCAUAAUUCCUUUGUAAAUUACAUCACCAGUUAGUGCAUAACGUCAUCGGUUAGUGUAUUACAUCAUCAUUUAGUGUAUAACGUCACCAGUUAGUGUAUUACAUUACCAGUUAGUGCAUAACGUCACCAGUUAGUGUAUCACAUCAUCAGUUAGUGCAUUACGUCACCAAUUAGUGUAUUACAUAAUCAGUUUGUGCAUAACGUCACCAGUUAGUGUAUUACAUAAUCAGUUUGUGCAUAACGUCACCAGUUAGUGCAUUACAUUAUCGUUUAUGAAUUUAUCAACGAGCCAUCGACUAGUAUUGAUAAAUUUAUAAUAUGAUGCCGACUGAUACACUUUGGCAGGAGAAAGGUACAAACACGGGAUUACAAACGUUCGUGUAAAAUAUUCAGAAAGAAACUAAUAAAAGACGAUAAACUAUAAAAACUACCGCUAUCAACAUAUCACCAAUCGAAGCUAUUGAUAUUUACGAGUCGAACUCGGCCAGUGCACUUUUUUUGCUUUUUGUUGGUUUGUGAACCGAUGACUAUAACCUCGGUGUAAUAUAUUGGGGAUGUCCAUGCCGAUAUCUCACACGUAUUGCUGAUGUUCAGUGCAGGCCCGGUUCUGACUCUUUAAUGCCAAAGUCCAAAUUUCCGCUUUGAAGUGUGAACUCCUAAUGACGUACGUAUCUCUCGGAUUCGGUAGGCGAACUGAAAUCCUGUCCGAGAGCUUCCGAAAAUAGUAUCCAAAAGAUUGGAUUCGUCUGGGCAAACAGAGAGAUCAUUCCACAGUUCACCCAAAUAUACAAAUAAAAGUAGUGUUUUAAUGGAAGUUAUGAAAUAGUCGAGGGUGAAUAUUAAUAAUGACGGAAAGUGGACCUAUUUCUGCGUAAAUUCGAUUUUUGGGAUUAUAAAACGUCCAGGGAGUGAUACAGAUCAUAAAGAUGAGGUGCAUGACCAUCAUAAGAGCUCUGCUCGUGCGCGUUUUGUUCGCCGUUCACGGUGUGAUAGCAAUAUGGCGACUGUUUAUGGUCAUUCGGAAGCCCUGGUGCUGGUACCUAACUGGAGCACUGGGUGGACUUUUGAUCGAGACCAUCAUUACUCUCACAAAGAAAAAAGGCAAAGAGUGGAAAUGGUUUUGUCCCAGUGUAUUCUUCUACCUCGGGAGUGUAGUUCCUGCGAUCUGGUUUCUCGAGUUACACGAGAUGGAGGAUAGGAUUGCUCUUCGAGAAAGCAGUUACUUGACUAAUAGUACUGGCAGUGUGUUUCAUGUGCCGGUAAACCGCACCAAUAAAGAGGACCUUAGCGUCAACAUCGAAGGGUUACAGAUUACCAUUCCACUUGCCAUACCGGCCAAUCUAUGGCUGCGCAUCCUCGAACAGUUCCUGCUCCUGAUGCUGAUAGUGGGGAGAUGGCUGCUUCCUAAGGGUUCCCUGUCACAUGACCAGUUAUCUCAACUCUUAUUGGUCUACGUUGGAACAGCUGCCGAUAUAGUGGAGUUCUACGAGGCGUUCAGUGAAGAACUGGUCAUGUACAAUCGUUUGCUGUGUUACAUCAUACUGGGGAUAUGGACAUUAAGUCUGCUUCAGUUUACAUUGGUACUGACCGCAACACGCGCGCGCCGUGACCAUUCCGGGGUGCCAUCAGCCAGUCACUCGGAAGAAGAUCAAGUGGGGUGCUGUAAUCCAGAGAUAUAUGGCAUUGUGACGUCAAUUCUGAUGCAAGACUGCCCGUUCUUGGUUAUACGACUGUUGUUGAUAUUUAAAUAUGGCGUGAUUAGCUAUACUAACAUGUUUUUCACGUCCAAAAACUCACUGGUCAUAGUAUUACUGAUGUAUCGGGUAAUUGUCGUACAGGGGGAAACAAGACGACGGAAAAAAGAGGAAAUGAAGAAAAGCAAUUCCGCUAUUCGUCUUAACGUACCGAAUAAUAUAAGCGGAUUCGGAGGACGUAUUGACAGCCAGCUUUAUAUGAAGCCGAGUUGCAGUGCCCCAAAUGUGUACAAGGCUACCCAGUCAGAUAGUCUACCUAGAUACAAAAACUCAGCAGUACACGACCGUCGUAGUGAUCCGAUGGAUAGCACAAAGUUAUACGUUCAACCGGCCAGAGGAACUCCACCAAGAUCUCCCUCCAACUGUAGGCCUAUUCCUCGAAUCAUCAGAUAAUUUCUCCUUAUAAUGUUAGAUAAUCUCUCAUGGUACUUCAGAUAGUCGGUCUCUAAUGUGUUUGCCAGGAAAUAUCUUCUCUGUUAUCAAAUCAUUAGAAUUCGUAUGAAUAUUGUUAUACACAGGUUUAGAGUUCAAUCUCUCUUCCUUUUACCGUGUUCCCCUUUUAGCAGUCCUCAGUAGCGAAUCAUCAUCAUCAUCAACAUCAUCAUCAUCAUCAUCAUCAUCAUCAUCACAGUGGUCGUCAUUGUAUAUGUUAAAGCCGUUUAGUUAUUCUAGUACUGUACGUAUUACCUACCAUUGAAUGGAUUUGACACAGUCCAAACUUUGCUCUAACUAAUCUUUUCUAUUUCUUUUUACUAUAAUACAUUAACAAUAUGUGUAUCUUGGUAUCAUUAUAACUAUGAACUAUGCUGCUGGUUUACCGUAUAAAGUAGUCUAAUAUAGUGUCAUUUAUGCGACACUCAUUUCAUGCAUUGUGAGACUUAUAAACCUUUUUGUUAGUUAUGGAACAAUACUUUAACUGUUUUCCCAGACUAAUAGCUAACGGAAAGAGUUAGACUUACGUAUUAAGUUUGUGGCGUAGCUAACAUAGUAUUACACAGAAGUCAUGUUGUCACAUAAAUACACUGUAAUGUCUAACAUUGUCAGACAAAAAUGUCAUGUUGUCAUAAAUACACUGUAAUAUCUAACAUUGUCAGACACAAAAGUCAUGCUGUCAUAAAUACCCUGUAAUGUCUAGCAUUGUCAGACACAAAAGCCAUGUUGUCAUAAAUACAAUGUAAUAUAUAACAUUGUCAGACACAAAAGUCAUGCUGUCAUAAAUACCCUGUAAUGUCUAGCAUUGUCAGACUCAAAAGUCAUGCUGUCAUAACUACACUGUAAUGUCUAGCAUUGUCAGACUCAAAAGUCAUGUUGUCAUAAAUAAACUGUAAUAUCUAACAUUGACAGACACAAAAGUCAUGUUGUCAUAAAUACACUGUAAUAUCUAACAUUGUUAUAAUCACAAGUCAUGUUGUCAUAAAUACACUAUAAUAUCUAACAUAAUCAGACACAAAAGUCAUGUUGCCACAAAUACACUGUAAUAUCUAACAUUGUCGGACACAAAAGUCAUGCUGUCAUAAAUACACUGUAAUAUCUAACAUUGUCAGACACAAAA